AUGGAUACUCGGAGCCCUAACGGAUCUUCGCCGCAUCAAUCACAGCCCCCGAAGAAGUACGGAAUCACGAAACCGAUAUCCCUCUCAGGGCCAAGUGAGGCUGAUAUUCAACGGAACACGGAAUUAGAGAAGUUUUUGAUAGAGUCGGGGCUUUACGAGAGCAAAGAAGAAGCCGCGAAAAGAGAGGAGGUUCUUGGGCAUAUCACUGAGAUUGUAAAGGCUUGGGUAAAGCAAUUAACUCGUCAAAAGGGCUACACGGAUCAAAUGGUGGAGGAAGCAAAUGCUGUCAUUUUCACUUUUGGAUCUUACCGAUUAGGGGUGCAUGGACCUGGGACUGACAUAGACACUUUGUGUGUUGGGCCAUCUUAUGCGAACCGAGAGGAAGAUUUCUUCAUCGUCUUGCAUGAUAUAUUGGCUGAGAUGGAAGAAGUCACUGAACUUCAACCAGUUCCAGAUGCUCAUGUCCCAGUAAUGAAAUUUAAGUAUCAAGGGAUAUCAAUUGAUCUUCUUUAUGCAAGUAUAUCUCUUUUGGUUGUUCCAGAUGACCUUGACAUCUCAUGUGGGUCUGUGCUGCAUGAUGUUGAUGAGCAAACUGUUCGAAGUCUUAAUGGGUGCAGGGUUGCGGAUCAAAUCCUUAAACUUGUUCCUAAUGUUGAGCACUUCCACAUGACACUUAGAUGUCUGAAGUUCUGGGCCAAAAGACGUGGUGUUUAUUCCAAUAUUACCGGAUUCCUAGGUGGUGUAAAUUGGGCUCUUCUAGUUGCGCGGGUCUGCCAGCUUUAUCCCAAUGCAAUACCUAGUAUGCUGGUUUCUCGAUUUUUUAGAGUAUAUACUCAAUGGAGGUGGCCAAACCCUGUUAUGUUGUGUUCAAUAGAAGAGGAUGAACUUGGCUUUCCUGUUUGGCAUCCUCGGAAGAAUCCUCGGGAUCGGUUUCAUCAUAUGCCAAUAAUAACUCCUGCAUACCCUUGCAUGAAUUCCAGUUACAAUGUCUCUAUAAGCACUCUUCGUGUUAUGAUGGAACAGUUCCAAUGUGGUAAUAGAAUAUGUGAGGAGAUUGAGCUAAACAAAGAUCAAUGGAGUGCUUUGUUUGAGCCUUAUCUUUUCUUUGAGGCAUACAAAAACUAUCUUCAAGUCGACAUAGUUUCAGCAGAUGCUGAUGAUUUGCUGUCAUGGAAAGGCUGGGUGGAGUCACGGCUUAGACAGCUUACGUUGAAGAUAGAGCGGGACACAAAUGGGAUGUUGCAGUGCCAUCCUUUCCCAAAUGAGUAUGUAGAUAAAUCCAAGCAGUUCCCACAUUGUGCUUUCUUCGUGGGCUUACAGAGGAAAGAGGGAGUGAGUGGUCAAGAAGGUCAACAAUUUGACAUACGUGGAACAGUUGAUGAGUUUAGACAAGAUAUAAGCAUGUACAUGUAUUGGAAACCAGGAAUGGAUAUUUAUGUUUCUCAUGUUCGUAGGAGGCAGCUCCCCACCUUUGUUUUCCCUGAUGGAUAUAGACGGCCUCGAUCAUCGAGGCAUUCAAGCCAGCAUACUGGGAAAACUUGUGAAGAUAUUUCAAGGUCCUGUUCAGGGUCUGUGGAAAGACAAAUUAAGAGAAAACAUGAUGAUGAGACAGUGGAUGAAAAACUGGACCAACCAGAGAAGCGGCCCUCUAUUAGCCCCCAGAGGCUGGAGUCUGUUUCUCCAGAAAGUGGUACAAGCAGGUCUGGUAGAACAUCUCAUAUUAGCAAUGAUCAAGCUUUUAAAUUAGAGUGCCUGACAGCUGGGGAUGUUGAUAGCAAUUCUAUCGUUAGACUGUCUAGUGGGCUGGUAGACAGUGAAAAAAGAAAUGUAGAGAUUACCGUCCAGCAGGCUAGAACUGUUGAUGGAGGGACCCUCACCAUUGGCGAUCAGACUUCUUUAGAUAUACAAAAUUUGUUAGUAGUUAGAAGUGUAGAGUCAGCUGAACAGAUGGGUGAACCUUUUCUUAGGCAGGAGUUGCUUUCUUCACGUGAAGUUCCUCAUUCUGAAAUAAGGGAAACAUGCAAGACUGGAUUGAAUCAAGAGAAAACAGGGGAUUUGACAUCAGCUUACAUGGAUUAUUCAGAGACUGGAUCUUCUGGGAGAAUUUUAAACCGGAAAGGAGGUGGUGUUGAUGUUGAUCGAGAGGUACUCAAACCAUGUAAUCAAACAGCAGUAGUAGAAAUUGCUGAAAGUGUAUUUGGGUCAAUUGCCAAUGCGCAGAACAUCAAUUGCAAGGGUGGUGUCUGCAGUGCAAAUUUGGAUUCACUUCUGGAAAAUGGACAUCUGAACACAGGCGGUGUUUUCCAAAACAGCUUAUCUGAAGAAUUAAAGGUCCUGCACCACCAUCAUACGUGCUAUGUUUCCAUUUCUGGCGGCCUAACUUGCCUUUUCACCUUUUUUUUGUUGUAUAGCCAAAUAUCGCACUUGGAAAGGUUGUAAAUUCUCAAGACGGAGCUAGGUCAGAAACUUUGCAGAAGCCAGUGAUGAGCAGGUUGAGUUUGAAGUCAACAGCAUAAUUUGUUGUAGAUGAUGCAUUCGAAGAAUCUCUCUUACCAAAGGAGUAGGCCAGCGCCUCGGUAAGUGUCCCAUUAAUUGCUGGCUUAUAUUAUGGUUUUUCAGGUAUGUACCGAGUGUGACUGGAGUGGGAGCCCAUUUGGCCGUGUGGUGGACAGCUGGGUUGUUUGGCUUUAGUUUUAGGUGUGUUGUGCUGUGUGGUUUUUAGCUUGGAGGAGCCAAGAAGCUAUAGGAGUGCUGCUGGUGCUUUGAGGACUUCUAUCUCAUUUUUCUCCGCUUGAGUGUUACUGCAAAGCUUCUUGCCACGAUUUAUGAAUGAAUCAUUCCUCAUCAAGAAAUUGUAAAUCAAACAGGGGUGUUACUGUACCAUUUAGAUUUUUUUUUUUUGGGGUGAUCUCAUCGAAUCUUUUGUACACUUGUACUACAGUGCAUCAAUGCGUUCGAGUUGGUUUAGCACUUUUAA